CACUACUCCGUGCAUUCAACAUAUGCGUAUGCUACGUUUUUCGAAGAAGAAGAUCAAAACCGAGUCUUACACAGAGAAGAAGCUACCAUGUCUGCAGCGCAGGUUGAUCCUCACGACAAGAUGAGAGCGAGGGAUGUCAACAAAGUUGCGCGAGGAGAGCAAGCUCCAAGACCCGCUCAUGAAUACGGCACCGUUUCUCCUCCUCCACCUCCUUCUUCAACCCACACUAUCGACGAUACCAAGAACAAGAACAAGGGGGAAAAGUCAGGGAUAGCAGAAAACGGUGCCGAAUUAACAGAGAGCAAUGAUUAUAAAACUUGUUAUGUAAAAUAUGUGGAGUAUCACAGAUGCGUUCAACAAAAAGGCGAAAAGGCACCCGAAUGCCAGAAACUAGGCACGUAUUUUAGGUCCUUCUGUCCAACUGAAUGGAUAACAGAAUGGGAUAAAGAGAGAGAAGAGGGAAACUAGCCAUGAACAUAUCUCUCUCUUUUGUUAGGGAAAAAGUUGCUACUUCACCUUUGGCAAAUAAGUGAAAUAACAAUGCAUCUUCGUUCUGUAUUAUGUGUUUUUGGUUCCUCUUCUCUCAGUAUAAUAUGUCAGUACAGUAAUACACUGAUACCAAACUACACUAAUUUAUGUUUUUAAAUUUAAGAUAAAAUUAUCUUAUAUCUUAGGCUUUAUAUCUUACAAAUGUUUAGGGUCACCCCAGAAAUUUUAACCCUUUCUAAUUUUAUAUGACCUCCUAAAAAAUGUUGGUGAA